AUGAAUACAAAGGGAAAUGAUGAAAUUAAGCAAGUUAGACUAAGAGUUGUAGGAGGAGAGCCAGCAGGAGGAGCUUCUUUAGCCCAAAAAGUAGGUCCAUUAGGUUUUAAUGCUAAACAAGUAGGUGAGAACAUUUCUAAAGAGACUAAAGAGUACAAAGGAUACAAGAUCGGAGUACUUUUAACGAUUCAAAACAGACAAAUGACUAUCACUCCAGAACCAGGCACUAGUGCUUUAGUUCUUAAGGCUUUACAAGAACCCCCUAGAGACCGAAAGAAGGUUAAGAAUGUUCAACAUAACGGAUCAGUCUCAUUAGCUGCUGUUAUUGAGAUAGCUAAGAAGCAAAGAUCUAAGUCUUUGGCUAAACACCUUUCUGGAGUAGUUAAGGAGGUUUUAGGAAGUUGUUUAUCGGUUGGUUGCUUGGUGGAUGGAGAGUCGCCUAAGGAGAUUACACGGAAGAUUACGGCCGGAGAAAUCAGUAUUGAGGACUGCUAA